UUCAUCAAGCUUCUUUUUAACUUCCGCCAUGGGUAUGAAGAUUCCGAAUGGAGGAAGCUCAGUGAAUACAAUCGAAAAAGGGUUUGAGGCAAAAGCGGGAACCGAAAUCAAUUUUGGCCGAGACGCUAGUCAUGCGCCACUCGUUAAAAGACAUCAUCAAGAUUGUGGUACCGGCUAUGCCGUUGUCGGAGUCCCCGUCUACCAACCGGUAGUUUGCACAAGUUGUGGUGAGGAUCAUCAUCAUCACCAUCAUGACCACUGCUAGGGUAGAAAACCCAAUUCAUAGCUUCCAAGCAUAUUUGUCCCACCAUUUUUGGUUCUAGUCCUACAGUAUACAAGCCUUUCCUCUUUUUCUUUGUCACUAAUGGCACUGGUACAUUUUCAUGUAUCACAUUCACAAUUGAACCCA